AUGGCUGCCUUUAGCGCCUACAUGCCAUUCAUGGCCAUGGUGUUGGUCCAAGCGAGCUAUGCAGGAAUGAACAUUAUUUCAAAGCUUGCUAUUGAAUCUGACAUGGACCCUCUUGUUCUUGUUGCUUAUCGUCAAGUUUUCGCGGCCGUUGCCAUUGCUCCCUUAGCUUAUUUGUUGGAAUGGAAAACAAGACCCAAGAUCACAUUGGCUAUUCUUUUCCAGACUUUUCUGUGCUCAUUAACUGGGGCCACUGCAAAUCAGGUUUUUUAUUUUCUCGGUUUGAAGUCUUCGACCGCAACGAUUGCAUGCGCAUUGACAAACACACUUCCAGCCAUGACAUUUAUCCUUGCAGUCAUUUUCAGACAAGAAUCUGCAAAGCUCAAGAGCAAACCAGGGCUAUCUAAGGUGAUGGGAACAAUUGUGUGUGUAUCUGGAGCUAUGUUACUUUCAUUUUACCAUGGACACAUCAUUGGUCUAAGUGAGUCCAAAAUUCACUGGACUUAUGCUCAGAGAAUGGGAGAGGCAAGUUCCAGCACCAAAUCAAGCUCCUUUAUAGGCCCCCUAUUUGUCAUCUUAAGCACCUUAGGUUGGGCAUUCUGGUUCAUAAUCCAAGCUAGAGUUGGGGAAAGCUUUCCAGCUCCUUAUACAAGCACCACAUUGAUGUGUUUGAUGGCCAGCUUUGAGUGCGGGAUCAUUGCUGUAAUUGCUGAUCACAAAGUGGCUUCAUGGUCGCUAAAAGAUCCCACGAGACUUAUUGCAUCCCUCUAUGCUGGAAUUAUGGGUUCUGCACUAGCAUUCUUCCUCUCUUCAUGGAGUAUUCAGCAAAAAGGCCCUCUUUACGUGUCGGUGUUUAGUCCCUUGCUCCUCAUUAUUGUUGCCAUUGCAAGCUGGGCUUUGCUUGAGGAGAAAUUAUACGUUGGAACUGCUGUAGGGUCGGUUUUGAUUGUUGCCGGGCUCUAUCUUGUUCUGUGGGGGAAGAAUAAGGAGACGAAGGAUGAGAAGCCAGCAAAAGCAACAGGCAUGACAAAUAUGACAGAUCAGGCCAAGGCUUAUGAGAAAAACGACUUGGAGCUGCAGCUGCAAGGGCAUUCGGAAAGCAACCGUGACGUUAUGGAAUAG